AUGGGUGACCAUAUCGAGGAACCGCCGUUUCCUUUGACGGAUGUGGACAAAUGGGUACUUUCUUUGACGGACGAGGAAUUCAAGUAUCAUGACUGGGAGGAUAUGCGCAAGAUCAUUAAGGAGAACAAUCUCUCAGUUCUGAAGCGCAAACCGUCCGACCUCCGUAGAUAUAUGAAGUGGACGGCAGAGACCAAAGCGGAAUAUGGCUCCAUGACCCAGUAUCUACUCGCUCAUCGAUUGCCACAGACUUGGGGCGCUCCUCCCUUCACACCCAAGUCCAGCAUCCCGUUUGAGGACCCAUCCGACUAUAGCGUCUUAUUGAAUGACUGGCCCUACGGACUGACAUCUGAUAUAACUCAUAUCGUGGUCUGGUCGAGAACACCAAUCAAGACCGACUCCGAGACUGGCGACAUGACCCCGGAGAGCAGGCGCAUCAUUCAAGCAUUUGUGCAAAGGUUCUUCAUCGAUAGAUUGGGACCCGGCGGGGAGGGCCGAGUCCUUUGGUUCAAGAAUUGGGUUGCCCUCCAAAGCGUUCCAGCGUUGGAACAUAUCCACCUGAUGGUGAAGGACGUCGGACAGGACAUUCUAGAUGAGUGGGCCCGAAAGCUCGACGGCCACGAAUAG